AUGGCGACGGCCUCUUUCCGGCUGCUUCAAGUUGGAGAGAAUUUCCUGAAGCGACCAGGACCACCACUGCCCCCUCUGGAUUCUGUACAGAUUUCAGCGGUGCUGGAGGACUGUGUGGACCAGCUUGCCAUCCUCGGCCACAUCAUGCCAGUGUCAUACGAGGGCAAGGGAGAUGCCUUCAACGUUGAUGGUGAACAUAUCAAUGAGAUUCUCAAUUGCCAGAAGGAUCUGGGCACAAAAUACCACAAGCUUAUGGAUUCCAGAGCUGAGAGCCAAGCUAAAAUCCCAACGGAGCUUGGCAAGAUCAUGGAACUUGGGCGGCAGCUGCAGGAGACAGGCAGCGAACUGAAGAGAGCCAACCACCUCUUCAGCAUGGCUGCCAAGCAAAGUGCUUUGUCCGCAGACCACCUUAAGAAGGUGCAGGCUGACAGGCAAUAUGCAAGCAAUGUGAUUGAAGAGACCACGGAUGAGAUACUGACCCUGGGAACUUUCCAGACACUUCUGAGAGCUGUCAAUGCCGAAAAGAAAAAAAAGAUAGAACUCCACGACACUAUUCUCAGGGAAGAGAUAGGAAGAAAGAAGAUAAAGGCGCUCCAGAAACAGAUCAGUGACGUUAGGAAAGAAAAGGAGUUCGAACUCCAGAACCGGAACGAGAUGAUUGCAUACCUCAAGGACCAGCUUCAAGAGAUGAAGGCAAAGACUGACAUGGAGAACCGGUACGUCAAGAAGGAUGCAGAGCUGCAGGUGGCUCAGACGCAGAAGAAGUGUGCCGAAGCCGACAACGAGCUACAGAAUGAAGAGGAGAAGCUGAGAAGUCAAACUGACGAGGAGAUCAGAGUCCACCAGGACAUUGAGAAUUUCCUCAAGCAACAACAAAUGAUCAUAGAAGAGAAGCUGGAAUACUGGAUGGAGAAGUACGAGAAGGACACAGAGGCCAAGCAGCAGGAACUGAAUUCCCUGAAGGCUUCUAGAACCGCUGACCAGAUCGCACUUCAGGAACUAGCUAAGCAGUGCCUUUUGUGUGAACAAGUGAUCAUAGAAGAUCGGAAGGAAAAGGAGCAUGCACGAAGGAAGGUAGAACAGGAUGCUCUGGAGAAGAAGAGCAUCCUGAAGCUGCAGGCCUGGUGGAGAGGAAUGAUGGUUCGUAGAUUCCUUGGCCCCUACAAGGCCCUCAAAAAGCUUCUAGAGGAAGAGCCGCCACCCAAAGAAAAAGGGAAGAAGGGCAAAGCUGGGAAGCCAGGAGCAAAGAAGAAGAAGUGAGGGGAACAGGACAGCCCCAACACUCCACUCGCACCUCUUUUGAGUUUUGGGGUAAGGGAGUGAUGUGGGGUAGGAAAUGGAACCAAUUGUCUGUGUUUACCAAAAGGGCCAGAAAUAAUAAA